AUGACAAAUAUUCAUAUGCUUUUCACGAUUCCUAUUUUGGUACUGCUUUUUAACGUGAAAUAUGUUUCAGCAUAGAUUCUAUGGGAUUCGUAUCAAAACUGUGUGCAGUUUGAGAGAUUAUUAGACUGCACUGAUUGCAGGGAUGCCAAGGAUUGGGGAGGAGUGUAAUUACCCUAUGAUGACAUUCCCUUGGAUGACUAUUUCUAAGAUUAUGAAUUAGUUGUGUGCAAAGGACCUGGAAUGUGCCCAGAUGGCACAGUCAAGAAUGUGUGCACUUGGCAGAGAUAUCUAUUCUUCAACUGUUUUGAAGGAAGUCCAGUCACAUACAGAUGGGAGACUAAUUCAAUGCCAAAUCAUUGCUACUUCUCAAAAACUGAACCUCCUCUGGGCUCAGAGACUAAAUUUGAGGCAUAUUCAGUCUCAGGAGCAUUCAAUGUGCAAGUUAAUAACAUGUUUGCUUAUAACUUAGUUGACCCAGUGUUUUACCAUACCAAGUUAGAAACUUAAGAUGACUAUGAUAAACAGCUUUGCAAGAGUAAAUGGGCUGAAACAACUCUCAUAGACAUGAAGACUUAGUAUGAAGAGAAAGUUUACUACAGUUUCGAAUAUCCCAUUGCAUUUAGUGAUUACUCUUGGGACAGCAGUGAGACAACAAUGCUCUAGCUUAAAUCUUCAGAUUAAGUAGUUGGCAUGGCCAUCAAUGGCGUUCUCAUCUUUUCUGCCAACUCCAUAAAUGGCUAUGACGCCUUGUUCCCAUCAUAGCUAAUAAAUCCCAUCACAAGUUAAAGUAACCGGAUCACCCCAGAUUUUUGCUUAGGCACAGCUGAAUCUUAUAAAACAUAUAGAUACUACAUGUUUUCACCUUGCAUAUAUGAUUCAAUAGCUAAGACUUAUGCCUCAAGUUGUACAAAUGAUAGAUACCCUCUAUGCUCCUAGGAUGUUAGAAAUCAUUCUAUAUACUAUGUGAAAUCAGAAUAAAAGAAUAUUAAUCCAAUUGGAAUAGCUAAAGAUGGGAGAAUGAUUUAUGGGCCCUACAACAGCUAUGGUUAAUUAUGGUAAGCUUGUGAUGUUGAUAUUUGUAAUGGUCGCUACUUCUCCAAAGGCUAUAAUUACGGCUAUGUAGCUACAAUGUUUCACCCUUACUUUAUUAGCUGUUGGGGACCUGGAAACAAAGUCACUUUUGAAGCUAAAUGCUCAACUAAUGCAAGAAAAAAAUGCACUCUUUAUACAUCAGAAGCUGUUUUGCACUAUAGCUUCUGGAGCAUAACUCUGGGAUUGUCUAUCUUAGCUUUACUUUAGUUUACUUAUUGA